AUGUCUGCUUUCCAUUUUUAUCAAUUUUUUUAUCCUUUUUCUUUUUUCUUUCUUUCGUGCUAUCUUUAUUUUUCCUUUCUUUCCUUUCCUCAAUUUUCUUUCUUUCUUUCUUUCUUUCUUUCUUUCUUUCUUUCUUUCAUGCCAUUUUUGUUUUUCUUUCUUUCCUUUCCUCAAUUUUCUUUCUUUCUUUCUUUCUUUCUUUCUUUCUUUCUUUCUUUCUUUCUUUCAUGCCAUUUUUAUUUUUCUUUCUUUCCUUCCCUCAAUAUUCUUUCUUCUUUCUUUUCUUUCUUUCUUCAUUUUCUUUCUUUCCUUCUUUUCAAUUUUCCCUCUCCUCCACACAUUAUACUUUUUCAUUCUCUUUCAUUCGCGUUUUUUCGUUAUAAUGUCCAUUCUUUUCUUCGUCUUUCUCUUCUUCCUUUUCUCUCCUUGGAGUUUCCUCUUCUCUUUUCUCUUCUUUCUUUUCUUUCUCCUCCUUUUCCUACAAUUCAAAACCACAUGAAACAUUCAUUUUUCUCUUAUUCAUAUGUUCUUCUUACUCGUCUUUCCUCCGAUUCUCACCCUCACACCAUUUCCUUCUUUCUUUUCUGUUCUUCCCCUUCAACCUCAUUCUAUUCAUUUUUACUCCUAAUUCUUUUAUUUCUUUUUCAUUUCGUUCGUCUCCCUUUUCUUUCCUUUAUUUCACUAUUUUUUCAUUCGCAUAACUUUUUAUUUUCUUCUUCUCUUCCACCGGUCUUCCUUCUUCAUUCUUUACUCAUUCAACAUCUCAUUACAAUCUUCAUUUCCUACACUUCGUUUAUUUCUUUCCUUCUUUCUUUCUUUUUCCAUUUCUUUUCUUCUUUCUGUUAUCAUUUUUCUUCUUUCUUUUGCUCUCAUAAGAUUUCUUAUUCUCAUCUUCAUCUUUUUCUUUCACUUGUUAAUAUCCUCUUCCCACAACGCUUUUCUUUCUUUCUUUCUUUCUUUUACUCAUAUAAUAAUUUAUUUUCAUUUUCCUCUUUUUCUUUCACUUAUAAAUAUCCUCUUUCCACUUCCGCUUAUUUUUUUUCUUUUGCUCAUAUGAAUUUUUUUUAUUUUCAUCUUCCUCUUUUUCUUUCAGUUGUUAAUAUCCUCUCUCCUCACCGGCUUUCUUUCUUUCUUUGUUCAUUAUAUUACCAUUUUCUGUCUUUCUUUUGCACAUAUAAUUUUUUUUAUUCAUAUUCUUCUUUCACUGAUUUAUAUCCUCAUUCCACUUUGGUUUUCUUUUCGGUUUUAUUUCUUUCGUUUAUAUUAUAUUUCCUAUUCUCAUACUUCUCUUUUUCUUUCCCUUAUUAA